CUCUAAGUUACCGGUGACGCACACAAAACAACUCGCCUCCUGACCUUACCAGGGAUAACUCUGAUACCCAUAAUCAUAGUACGGCAACCAUUACUAUUCCAACACCCCGAAGAGUAAGAGGAUGCCACGCCUCGCUCGGAAUAGAGAUUACUAUGAGCGUGUAGAAAAAAUCCCACCAGGUUUCACAACUCUGGUGGAGGACAUGGUGCGAACAGCCAUGAUUGGGGAACCUGUGGAUAUCUACAGCUUCUUUGCAGAAUUUCUAGAGAGGCGCUUGGAAAAAAGAGAAAGGGCUCUUCUAGAUAGCUGUGAUGAUGAAGGCAUCAGUUCUUUUGGUAGUAUGCAGAAUGAAACCCCUAGCCCAGUCCAGAAGGUGAGCAGAGCUCCAUCAGAAGAUGUUGUCCAGAAGGUGUCCCAGACUGCGCUACAGUCGGCCUCCCAGGAGGUGACUGCUGUGGACAGUGCCUUGGAAGAGGAAGUGAUCAAGUCUGAAUUGCCCUCUCCACAAGAAGAGGACGAGGCAGGGGCAGCAAGCCAGCAAGGUCCCAGUGAAGGGGACUCACUGGUGGUGGUUGGUCAAGGAAUCCCAGAGGUUUGCCUGCAGAGAGUCGCUUCACCGAGGAUUCCUUCAGAUGAGACUCUGAAAGAUGAGAAUGAGGAAGAGAACAUCUCAGGAGAAGCAACUCCAGUUCAGAAAGAUUCUGGGGAGGCUCUGGAACAAGAGGCAGAAGGUGAUUUCCCCAGAACUCCAAACACUACACCUGUUGAUGAGGCUCAGAUUGUGAAACCUGAAGAAACUCUGAAGCUGGAUGGAACACAAGACGUGGAACACAUUGAGGAGUCAGAGGGUGGCAAGGAAGAAGUGUUAGAGAAAGCUGAAGAAGAGGAGUUGGAGAAGACACAGAUUGCAGAACUUGAGGAAAAACAACCAGCAGAAAUGGAGGCUGAACCUGAGGCAGAAAUGGUAGCUAAACAACAAUCUGGAGAAGCAGAGACUGAACCAGCAGAAAUACCUUUGGAAGAGAAGCCUCAAGCAACAGAAGAACUAGUAACAGUAGCACCUGCUGAAGAAAAAGAAUUAGUUGAGGAGGUGGCUGGAGAUGAUGAGACUACUGGGCUGGUAGAGGAACAAGCACCAACUGCUGAAGAGCCUACAGAUAUCACCUCAGCAGCUGCAGAGGAGGCACCAACUUCUGCUGUAGAGCCAUCUGAGCCCUUGCCAGCAAAGGAAGAUACGGGGAAAGAUACAAGUCCAGCUGUAGAGGAGGAUGCUACAGUAGAAGAAACCCCUGAAAAAAUGCAGGAAGAGGCAGAUGAGAAAACCCCAACAACUGAAGCAACAGCGCCUUUAAAUGAGGCAGCACAAGAACAUGCACAAACUGAAGCAGCUGAAGAACAAGUCCUUCAUACAACAGAAACAGCUGAGGAACAAGCCCCUCCUGCAACAGAUGCAUCUGAAGAACAAGCAUCAAGUGUAGCAGCUAAGGAAGAAGUCCCUCCUACAACUGAAGCAGCAGAGGAACAAGCACCAAUUGAAGCAGCUAAGGAGGAAGUCCCUCCUACAACUGAAGCACAAGAGGAACGAGUACCAACUGAAGCAGCUAAGGAAGAAGUCCCUCUUACAACAGAAGCAGCAGAAGACGAAGCACCAAGUGAAGUAGUCAAGGAAGAAGUCCCUCUUUCAACAGAAGCAGCAGAAGAACAAGCACCAAGUGAAGCAGCUGAGGAAGAAGUCCCUCCUACAGCUGAAGCAGCAGAGGUACAAGCACCAACUGAAGCUGCUAAGGAAGAAGUGCCUGCUACAACAGAAGCAGCAGAAGAACAAGCACCAAGUGAAGCAGCUAAGGAAGAAGUCCCUCCUACAGCUGAAGCAUCAGAGGAACAAGCACCAGUGAAAUAGCUGAGGAACAAGAACCAAGUGAAGCAACAACUGUAAAAGCAGAGGAACAAGUACCUGUUGCUGAAACAGCCAAGGAAGAA